GACGUUAUCAUUCUUGACUUUCUUUCGCCUGGUCCUUUUGUCAAUAAUGCUUGAGUGAGUGCAGGAAGUUUCUCCUUCCUUGCAAUAUGAUUAUUCCAAUUCGCUGCUUCACCUGCGGGAAGGUGAUUGGUAACAAAUGGGAGUCCUACCUGGGUCUGCUUCAAGCUGAAUACACUGAAGGAGAUGCACUGGAUGCACUCGGCCUCAAGCGCUACUGCUGCCGAAGAAUGCUGCUGUCUCACGUCGAUCUUAUCGAGAAGCUCUUGAACUACGCUCCACUGGAGAAAUGAGAAGCUCAGAUCCCAGUUCGUAUCUGUACAUAAUCCCCCCCCCCCCCCUGAACGCACACAUACACUCAUAGAUUAUUGUACUUUCUUCAAUACUGACUGUACACUGUAGUAAGUUGUGAUGCUGAGAAAAAUGACAUUGCUGUGCUGUUUCGACUGAGCUUUUUUCUUUUCCUUUUAAUUAAUAUACUUGCCUGGAUGUGUUGAUUGAAACUAUUAACUGAAGUUGUGCGUUGUUUUGACAUGAUGUGAAAUUUCAUGUAAAAUGGGUUAUCGAUUGGCGUUUUACGCCAGAUUUCAACGAGAGGUGUAGCUCUCUUGAGUUUUUGAAUAAUCAGGCCCGUA